UUUCUGAUUUAUCCCGCAUGUUGGCAGCACUGCACUGUUUUUCUUUUUCUCCGUUCUCCGUCGUCUCUCCAUCAUGGCUGGCAAACACAAAAAAUACGAUGAUCUCGAGGUGGUACGUGAAAUAUACGACUCGGAGAACUCACACGAAUUUUUCGAGCAACAACUCGACAGCCUGCUGGAAGCUGGCGUGCAGUACAUUGUCAUCGAGCCUAAAAGGCUGGGCGACGAGACUGCCAGGUGGCUGUGGGUCGGCAAUUUGCUGCACAAACUGUCCGUCAACGUGGGCCUUGGCUCAAUCAUAGCAGGUGUUCUGUGGCCUGACAGGCCCGUGGUGUGUGUGCCUCUGGCGGCUGCGGCCCUGGUGACCACCAGUCUGUACACAAUUUCGUGGCACUUCGACCCCUGCUGCCAGUACCAAGUGGAGAAGGACAAAAACACGCUAUUCGACAUCAACCAGAGGUACCCGAUCUACGAGUGGAGCAAACACAACCUACUCGGCCCCGUCAAAGUUUUAGUUCGAAGAGAAACACACCAGAGACAACGACACAUUGUCCACUGGACGGUGUGUUUCGCCGCCAUUGCUUUCUCCAGUUUUAGACUGUACAGGGCACUCAACGGGUGCUGCUAAUAGGGCCUACGCUUAUACAUAUUUUAGGUUUCCAAAACGAGCUGCUGAUGUAUCUAAUUGCAAAAUUUGGGCAGCGACGCUAUUUUUAUUAAUUAAUUUGUUCCAUUUUAGGACGGUCUACUCGAAUUUCUGUACAUAGUGCAAAAACCGUUGCUCUAGACUUAAGACUUGAUUGUGUUGAGGCAUUAUUUUUAUGAAGAAAAACGAGUUAAUAAAACUAUUAAAUAUUAACUCA